UGUUUUCUGAGAGGCUGGGUUAUGUGAUCUCUUUGGCUUUAGGGAAUUACUCCAUACCAGCUCUGAGAUUUCCAGCUCAGCAAUGCCCCCAGGUCCCUGGAAGAGCCGCUUCUGGGUGGGGGGCCUACUUUUGUGGCUCAGCGUUGGAAGUUCAGGGGAUGCACCUCCUACCCCACAACCAAAGUGCGCUGACUUCCAGAACGCCAAUGUUUUUGAAGGCACCGAUCUCAAAGUCCAGUUUCUCCUCUUUGUCCCUUCGAAUCCUAACUGUGGGAAGCUAGUAGAAGGAAGCAGUGACCUCCAAAACUCUGGGUUCAAUGCCACUCUGGGAACCAAACUAAUUAUCCAUGGAUUCAGUGUUUUAGGAACAAAGCCUUCCUGGAUUGAUAAAUUCAUUAGAACCCUUCUGCGUGCAACGAAUGCUAAUGUAAUUGCUGUGGACUGGAUUUAUGGGUCUACAGGGGUCUACUUCUCAGCUGUGAAAAAUGUGAUUAAGUUGAGCCUCAAGAUCUGCCUUUUCCUCAAUAAACUCCUGGUGCUGGGUGUGUCGGAAUCCUCAAUCCACAUCAUUGGUGUUAGCCUGGGGGCCCACGUUGGGGGCAUGGUGGGACAGCUCUUCGGAGGCCAGCUGGGACAGAUCACAGGCCUGGACCCUGCUGGACCUGAAUACACCGGCGCCAGUGUGGAGGAGCGCUUGGAUGCCGGAGAUGCCCGCUUCGUGGAAGCCAUCCACACAGACACUGACAACUUCGGUAUUCGGAUUCCUGUUGGACACGUGGACUACUUUGUCAAUGGAGGCCAAGACCAACCCGGCUGCCCCACCUACUUUUACGCAGGUUAUAGUUAUCUGAUCUGUGAUCACAUGAGGGCCGUGCACCUCUACAUCAGCGCCCUGGAGAAUUCCUGUCCACUGAUGGCCUUUCCCUGUGACAGCUACAAGGCCUUCCUUGCCGGACACUGUCUGGAUUGUUUUAACCCUUUUCUACUUUCCUGCCCAAGGAUAGGCCUGGUGGAACAAGGCGGUGUCAAGAUAGAGCCACUUCCCAAGGAAGUGAAAGUCUACCUCCUGACUACUUCCAAGGCUCCGUACUGCAUGCAUCACAGCCUCGUGGAGUUUCACUUGAAGGAACUGAGAAAAAAGGACACCAACAUCGAGGUUACCUUCCUUAGCAGUAACGUCAGCUUCUCAUCUAGGAUCACCAUACCUAAGCAGCAACUUCACGGGAAAGGAAUCAUAGCCCAUGCCACCCCACAGUGCCAGAUAAACCAAGUGAAAUUCAAGUUUCAGUCUUCCAACCGAGUUUGGAAAAAAGACCGGACUACUAUUAUUGGGAGGUUCUGCACUGCCCUUUUGCCUGUCAAUCACAGACAUCAUGGAAAUUCAAAAGCCACAGAAUGCCAAGUCCUGUCUCCUCACCAGCCACUGCUCUCGUAUUGCUCUUCUCUUCCAGAGAAAAGGUGAUCUGCUUACCUGAACCGGUGAACUUACAAGCAAGCGUGACUGCUUCUCAUGACCUGAAGAUAGCCUGUGUAUAGUUUAACCUGGGCAGGACACAUCUCCUUGCGAUUUUUUUGUUUUUUGGAGGGAGGUGUGAUGAGGGAUGUAUGUGUGCAGCUUAUUGUAGACCAUUACUGCUAUGGAGAAAGGCAAAGCUCUUUCUUAUUUUCUCCAUAAUGAGCCACCCUGGAGGGGAGGGAGAACUCGUUUUACAGAGCUUGGUUUCUGUUGCUGAUCUUAUGUACAUACCCAUUUUAGCUUUCCCAUGCAUACUUAACUGCACUUGCUUUAGCUCCUCGGAUAUCUGUACUUAGGAUUCAAUAGAAACAUGUACAGAGUAAAUAAUCUUUUAAAAAUAAAACUUAAUGGAGUACCUGAA